AUGGUUGGAAGCAUGAAGACGAGAGGCAAAACCGCCGCGAUGGCUAAAUCCGCGACGGCCCAAAGCCACCUUACCCACGGUCCCGCAAUCGACAUAGUGGCACCGCCACCUCUCACCACCGCACCGGUCACCGCCGCCGAGUAUGGUGGAACCUCUCAUCAAGGUGGGCUUGUUACCACCGCCGACUUAGGCCUGCAAUUAAAGCGUCAGGACCAAGCGGAGGAAAUCCGUCCAGAGGUCUUUCCUGAAGAAGGAUGGAAACCUGAGGAAGACGUCAAGUUAAUACCCUUGGAUCUUGAUCAGCCAAACAAAAAAGCGCGGAUCGGCUCGCGCCUAAACCCAGACGAGAAGAUGGAGCUUACCACCUUCCUCCAGAAUAACAAAGAUAUGUUCGCAUGGUCGCCGUCAGACAUGCCUGGCAUCGACCCGAAAAUCAUCUGCCACCGACUCUAUGUUAACCCUACCUGCAAGCCAGUGGCGCAAAAGAGACGCAACUUCGCACCCGAGCGAGUCGCUAUCAUCGAAGCUGAGAUUGACAAACUUCUAACUGCCGGCAUUAUUGAAGAGGUCUCCUACUCAGAGUGGCUUGCCAACGUGGUUCUAGUAGCAAAACAAGAGAAGGGCAAGUGGAGAGUCUGCGUCGAUUACACUGAUCUCAACAAAGCAUGCCCAAAAGACAACUUCACAUUGCCGAGAAUCGACCAACUCGUGGAUUCCACUUCAGGCAAUCAGCUGCUCAGCUUCAUGGACGCUUACUCCGGCUAUAACCAAAUCUUGAUGCACACGGAUGAUAAGGCGAAAACUUCUUUUAUCAUCGAGAGAGGGACCUACUGCUACAAGGUCAUGCCCUUUGGGCUGAAGAACGCCAGAGCAACCUACCAAAGGCUGGUGAAUAAAAUCUUCAAGGAGCAACUCGGCAAAACUAUGGAGGUAUACGUGGAUGACAUGCUGGUCAAGGCCCCAAAACGUGCAGAUCACCUCAAAAACCUCGCCGAGGCAUUCAGCCUGCUCCGCCAAUAUCGCAUGAAGUUGAAUCCAAGUAUUCUCGAGAGUGAAGCAGCCUCCAUAGCGGGCGUUGGUGAUCAUGUUGAUGAGAUUAAGCGGGAGCUGGAAUUCAUGAAAGCCUUCUUAGCGAAUGCUGACGAGGGCAACAAAGCACACACACAAGUAGAGCAAGUGUGGAUCAGAAGUGUUCGAGACUUGGUCAAUGAUGUUGAAAACAUCAUUGAUGAAUUCAUGUAUCACGUGUACGAGCAGCAAAUUGCCUGUCGAUUUUCCAGGUGGAUCCACAAAACCAUUCACUUUCCAAAGCACCUUUGGUAUAAGCGUAAAAUAGCCAACAAGUUACAGAAAAUCGCGAUGGCAAUUAGAGCUAUUACAGAGAGAAGUCAGAGAUAUGGUGGUGGUGCAGCUGUAGAAGGAAAAAGUACUUCUUCUGAGGAUAUUCGCAGAUGGGUGCAGAUUCAAGCGUUGUCUUCUCUUUAUCAUAAGGAGGAUGAACUCGUCGGGAUUGAAGGUGAUAAGAACAUGUUAAUGGGAUGGCUGACGAAUGAAGAGCAAUGCCAAACUGUUGUGUCUGUGGUCGGGAUGGGAGGAUCGGGGAAGACAACUCUAGUUGCAAGGACUUUCAAAGAUGAAAUUGUAAAGAGACAUUUCAAAUGCUAUGCGUGGAUUACUGUUUCCCAGUCUUAUGUGAUUGAAGACUUACUUAGAAGAUUGAUCAAAGAAUUCCACAAAGCAAAGAAGGAAGAGGUCCCUGCAGACAUGAAUGCCAUGAGUUAUAACGAAUUGCUGGAGAUUUUGAUGAACUACUUGGAGACUAAAAGGUACCUAGUUGUAUUGGAUGAUGUGUGGGAUGUCCACCUUUGGGAGAAAAUAAGGUUUUCAUUUCCAGAUAAACAACUUGGAAGUCGAGUCAUGCUUACAACUCGAAGAGAAGACAUAGCAUCCUCUUCUUUUGGAGUUGAAAGCCAUGUUCACAAGAUUCAACCGCUGGAAAAAGGUGUUGCGUGGGAGCUCUUCAGCAUGAAAGCAUUCUCAAGUUAUCCAAACAAAUCUUGUUCAACAGAAAUUCUGCCAAUAGCUCGGGAACUUGUGGAGAAGUGUGAAGGCCUACCUCUAGCGAUCGUAGCAUUGAGUGGUCUUAUGUCUUCUAAGAAGUCACUUACAGAGUGGAGCACAGUCUACAACAGCUUAAAUUGGCAUUUAACAAACAGUCCUUUGCUAGAACCUAUGAAGAUGCGCAUCUUGUUGUUUAGUUUUAAUGAUUUGCCAUACCGAUUGAAGCAAUGCUUUCUAUAUUGUUCACUUUUCCCUGAAGAUCACGUGAUCUUAAAUCUUAGGCUCAUCACAUUGUGGAUCGCUGAAGGAUUUGUUGAACAUGUCGAAGGGCUCACGCCAGAAGAAGUUGCAAAUAGCUAUCUUAUGGAACUCUUUUUUCGUAACAUGCUACAGCAAAGGUUUCGAGGACCCCUCCCAGCAUGUAAGAUGCAUGAUCUUUUGCGGGAGAUUGCCCUAUCUAUAGCAAAAGAAGAAAAGUUUUGCGCUGUACAUGAUGGGAGUGAAACAGUAGAAGAAACUAGGGCACUCCGUUUGUCAAUUCAAACAGCUAAUGGAGAAAUUGGAUCAUGCACAGGUAUAUCACGGCCUUGUUCGUUUCUCGUCUUUGCCACUGACUUAUCCUCAUUCUCUUUCCCAAAUAAAUUUACUUCUGACCUUAAAUUGCUGAAGGUUCUAGAUUUGGAGGAUGUCCCAAUUGAUAAUCUGCCAGACAAUCUAACAUCCUUAUUUAAUUUAAAAUACUUAAAUUUGAGUCGAACUCCAAUUACGGAGCUUCCGGAAUCCAUUAGGCAGCUCCACAACCUUCAGACCUUGAACAUCACGGGGACAAAAAUAGAGGCACUUCCAAGAGGGAUUUCCAAGUUGCUAAACUUACGCCAUUUACUUAUGGGCAGGUUCAUUUCCAGAAAGAUAAUUGGGGUAAGAAUACCAUCAAGUAUUAGUAAGAUGAUGAAAUUGCAAACUUUGGCAAAUAUUGAAUCAGAAGGAAACAUUACUAGACUUAUUGGAAGUAUGACCCAGCUUACGUUCCUUGGCAUUACAAAUGUGAAAGAAAAAGACGAGGAGGACCUAUGUGCCUCAAUUCAAGAGAUGAAGGUCCUUUCCCGCUUGCUUUUAUUUGUAGCUGAUGGAGAGGAAUUUCUUCGAGUUGACGCAUUGUCUUCACCGCCUCCCUACCUUGAUAGACUUAGAUUGGUCGGUAAACUGGAAAAGGUACCACAUUGGUUUUGUUCACUCCACUCUCUCGCAUAUUUGAAUCUGCGUGGGUCCAGACUUGAAGAAGAUUUUCUACCUCAUAUUGAAGCAUUGCCCUCUCUACGUUCUCUUUGGCUUGAUAAUACCUCUGUUAAGAAAGAGUUACGUUUCAACAGAGGCUUUGUGAAGCUUUGGUAUUUGCAGUUUCAGAAUUUCGGAUUAUUAAAUAAGAUAACUAUAGAAAAAGGGACGAUGCCAAAUCUCGAGUUCUUAGACAUUCGUAGUUGCAUGAUGUUAGAAACAUUGCCACAGGGUAUUGAGCACCUUGCUAAACUACAUGGAUACAGAUUUGAUAAUGUUUCAGAGAAGUUUAGAGAUUCCAUAAAAGAAGGAGGUGUGGAUCAUCCAAGGAUGCUACUCGUCGACGAGAAAUGUAAGAAAUAUAUGUAA